CAAAAGUGAGCAUUCCUGAUCGUGAUCGGUUAUCAUGCGACGUCGCUCGGUCCUCGGGAGAAAUGAAAGCGAAAUUGAAAUUUCUGUCUUCGCCAUCGGUGACGUAAAAGAUGCAGUUUUUUAUCUAGACGAAAACAUGAUCCAAAAUCAUAGAAGUUUACCUGGUCACAGGAGCUUCUUGCUGCUCUAUUUUGCAGACGAUCAUGGAUUUCUUGACCACAAGAUCAAGA